UUGGACCCUGAGGUCUUCGCUCGCCGUCUUCUCUGAUAACUGUUACUGUUGAUCGGGGCAGAUCAAAAGCAUCAAUGGAGACGAAGGAGAAUUCGAAGUUGAAUAUCGCCAUUAUCCAUCCCGAUCUCGGAAUCGGUGGAGCUGAAAGGUUGAUUGUUGAUGCGGCUGUUGAACUUACUGCUCAUGGCCACAAUGUUCAUGUCUUUACAUCUCACCAUGACAGAACUCGAUGUUUUGAAGAAACACUUUCUGGAGGAUUUAAUGUUACAGUAUAUGGUUCUUUCCUUCCAAGGCAUAUUUUCUAUAGACUACACGCAGUAUGUGCUUAUCUGCGUUGCCUUUAUGUUGCUUUCUGCCUGCUGUUUAUGUGGCCUACUUUUGAUGUUGUACUGGCUGACCAAGUUUCUAUAGUGAUCCCGCUGCUGAAACUAAAGAAAUCUUCAAAGGUUGUAUUUUAUUGCCAUUUUCCUGACUUGUUAUUAGCUCAGCAUACAACGCUACUUAGAAGGAUAUACAGGAAGCCCAUAGACUUUAUGGAAGAAAUUACAACUGGCAUGGCGGACCUAAUUUUUGUCAAUAGCAAAUUUACUGCUUCUGCUUUUGCAAACACGUUUAAGCGUCUUCAUGCAAGAGGUGUCAGACCGUCUGUGCUUUACCCAGCAGUCAACAUAGACCAGUUCAAUCGAACUCAACCUGCUUUGAAGUUGAAUUUUCUCUCCAUUAAUCGUUUUGAAAGGAAAAAAGGAAUAGAGCUGGCAAUAUCUGGUUUGUCCAUGCUCCGAACCCUUGAAGGAGAUAAUCUUCAAAGUGAUAAGAUAAAUUCUGUUUCUUUGACUAUCGCGGGUGGAUAUGAUAAGCGAUUAAGAGAGAACGUGGAAUAUCUCGACGAACUGAAACAAUUAGCUGAGAGGGAAGGAGUUUCAGACAAAAUUAACUUUGUAACAUCCUGUUCAACCUCGGAAAGAAAUGAGCUACUUUAUGAAUGCCUAUGCGUUUUAUAUACACCCAAGGAUGAACAUUUUGGUAUUGUUCCUUUGGAAGCAAUGGCUGCCGGGAAGCCAGUUAUUGCGUGCAACAGUGGGGGUCCGGUUGAGACAGUAAAAAAUGGUGAGACGGGUUUCCUGUGUGAGCCAAACCCUAAGGCAUUCGCGUUGGCGAUGGCCCGGUUCAUAGAUGAUCCAAAAAUGGCUGAGAGAAUGGGUGGUGAAGCUAGGGAGCAUGUGACUAACUCUUUCUCUACAAGGAUCUUUGGUCAGCAUUUGAAUCAAAGUUUGAUGGAUAUUACUAGGGUCAUGGGUAAUAAGAGAGAAUGAAUAAGAACCCUAAAAAUCAACUUUCAUAUUUUGCCUUGUUAUGUUGUUGAACCUUAUAUAUGUUUUUUUUUUGUUUCUAUAUGUGACU